GUGGCCGAGCACCACCCACACCCCCUUGCCUAUUACUCUGUGCCCGAGGAGUUGGCCUCCCCCUUCCUACCUCCAAUCGUGCCGCUCCCCCUUUUCUUUCCUCCUACCUCUUGCUCCCCCUCCGCUUUUGCCCCUCUCCCUCUCCCAGGUCAUGGCAAAGCUGAAACAGCAGAAAAAAUAGCAAGUGGCAGAGAGAUAAGGAGAGGUGUAUACUACAAGUGGCAGUACAACAAGUCUAUCUGCUGCCUGCGAGUGAAUUGCUUGGGUGUUGUGUUUGCUGAAGUCGCGAUGAUGGGAGGUGGGCUGAUGAUGGAUCAGGGCAUGGUGUUCCCCGGCGUCCACAACUUCGUGGAUCUCCUGCAGCAGGGUGGCGCCGGCGGCGACAAGAACCUCUGCUUCGGGCAGCUGAUGCCGCAAACGUCAUCGGGAGACCAGUGCGUGAUGGGCGAGGGCGAUCUUGUGGACCCGCCGCCGGAGAGCUUCCCGUACGCCGGGGAGGACGACAGCGACGACGAUGUCGAGGACAUCGAGGAGCUGGAGCGCCGCAUGUGGCGCGACCGCAUGAAGCUGAAGCGGCUCAGGGACCUGCAGCAGAGCCGCGGCAAGGACCAGGCGGCCGGCGGCGGCGGCGCGGGCGACGGGUCGUCGAAGCCAAGGCAGUCGCAGGAGCAGGCGCGGCGCAAGAAGAUGUCGCGCGCUCAGGACGGCAUCCUCAAGUACAUGCUCAAGAUGAUGGAGGUGUGCCGCGCGCAGGGGUUCGUGUACGGGAUCAUCCCGGAGAAGGGCAAGCCGGUGAGCGGCGCCUCCGACAACCUCCGCGCCUGGUGGAAGGAGAAGGUCCGCUUCGACCGCAACGGCCCGGCCGCCAUCGCCAAGUACCAGGCCGACAACGCCGUUCCGAGCUCCGAGAGCGAGCUCGCUUCUGGCGCCGCCAGCCUGCACUCGCUGCAGGAGCUGCAGGACACCACGCUCGGCUCGCUGCUCUCGGCGCUCAUGCAGCACUGCGACCCCCCGCAGCGGCGUUACCCGCUGGAGAAGGGCGUCCCGCCGCCGUGGUGGCCCACCGGUGACGAGGAGUGGUGGCCAGAGCUCGGCAUCCCCAAGGACCAGGGCCCGCCCCCGUACAAGAAGCCCCAUGACCUCAAGAAGGCCUGGAAGGUGAGCGUGCUCACCGCCGUCAUCAAGCACAUGUCCCCGGACAUCGAGAAGAUCCGCCGCCUCGUCCGCCAGUCCAAGUGCCUCCAGGACAAGAUGACCGCCAAGGAGAUCGCCACCUGGCUGGCGGUCGUGAAGCAGGAAGAGGAGCUGUACCUGAAGCUGCACCCCGGCGCGCGCCCGCCGGCAUCUACUGGGGGCAUCGCCAGCGCCAUAUCGUUCAGCGUUAGCUCAAGCGAGUACGAUGUGGACGUCGUUGACGACUGCAAGGGUGACGAGGCCGGCAACCAGAAGACGGCCGGCUCUGACCCAAACGCGUUCAACCUUGGCGCGGCUAUCCUGAGUGACAAGUUCCUCAUGCCGACGCCGAUGAAGGAAGAGACUGCCGAUGUCGAGUUCAUCCAGAAGAGGAACGCGUCCGCUGCUACUGAGCCAGAGCUGAUGCUGAACAACCGAGUGUACACCUGCAACAACGUCCAGUGCCCACACAACGAUUAUGGGUACGGGUUCCUUGACCGGAACGCGCGCAACAGCCACCAGUACACAUGCAAGUACAACGGUCCUCUCCCACAGAGCGAUGAGAACAAGCCGCCGCUGCCGCCGGCACAAGUCUUCCCGGCGACCUUCAACCAGUCCAAUCAGGCGCUGAACAGUCUGGAUUUCAGCCUGCCCAUGGACGGCCAGAGGUCCAUCGCUGAGCUGAUGAACAUGUACGAUAACAACUUGAUGGCGAACAAGAACAUGAGCAGCGACAAUGUCACCAUCAUGGAGAGGCCUAAUGCGCUACCCCAUAGGAUGCAAAUGGAUGAUGGUUUCUUUGGACAGGGCAAUGGUGUGCUUGAUGAUGUCAACAGCAUGAUGCAGCAGACCCCAGUGCAGCAGCAGCAGACCCCAGUGCAGCAGCAGCAAUUCUUCAUCCGCGACGACACGCCGUUCGGGAGCCAGAUGGGUGAGAUAACCGGUGGGUCGGAGUUCAGGUUUGGUUCUGGUUUCAACAUGUCUAGCGCCGUCGAUUACCCGGGUGCUGCGCAGCAGAAGAACGACGGGACCAAUUGGUACUACUGAAGAAUAAACUUGUAGGGCUUAAAAACCUUGUAUAAGCUUUGAAUUUCUCCAUUGUGCCCCUUAGCUUCCAUGGGGGGAGCGUUUCCUAAGAUGUGGCCAAGUCUAUAGGUCUUUGUCAUAUAGGUUUUGCAGUAGCUGCAACAAGGCUGGAACUUGGAACCGGUUUAUACAUGCAUGUCCGUGCAGCCAGUAAACCUCUUAUGGAAACUUAAUGGUAUUCCUAGUUUAAUUUGUUAGUUUAA